UUCUUGGCCAUCAAGUACGAUACCUUUCGGUCGGCUUUUACCAUUCGCAUUGUAUCCAUCUCCUCAUUCCAGACGCCGGGCCUGACUCCCCAGAGAGUGAAUGGAUACAAUGGGACUCAUUGCCGUCAUAUGACGCAACGACUGAGGAGGUGAGUGGCCUAUUUCAAGCUCAGAGCCACAUGUUGAAGGCCUUCCCUUCGUCUUCUUCUUCAAGACCACCCGCUCUCUUUGGUACACCUUGACCGGUUGAAUGUGCAUGCUAUACCAUCAAAGACAGUAAAACAUGGAUUGGUCAGAUCACGCGUGGAAAGCCGGUUCCGACACUACAACCGAAGGGGAAGGCAAAACAUGGACGAUAGUCGUCAAACACGAAUGUCGCAACCGUCUUUUCCAUGCAAUUCAUUGCGAUCUUGAGGUGCACUUAAAAGGAAAAGGCAAGUCACUCCAGUCCUUUUGCAUUCCCAUUAGCCUUAUCGACACAAUAGGCCCAGACCUCGACCCUGAAAUCCAAAACGUUCUGUGUCUGCACAACUGGCAUAGGAGACUUGAUGCUUCCAAGUUACGCAAGAUCUUCUUGAGAUCUAUGCUUGCUUCGGAGGAUUACAGAGGGUUUCUUGUGGACAUGCUUAGAACUAAUGAUAACCACCAGUUAUCCGACGACAGCCUCCCCAUCGAAGGCAGCCAGAUGAGGGGCUUGGAUGAGAAGUACGCGGAGGCUUUUCGGGAGUUCUUUUGGUACCAGCACCUCUUUCUUGAUGGCUACUGCGUGGGUCCAUGUCGCUUCAAGCUGGAGUUGGAAAAAGCAACGUCUCAGAAACCGUAUCUUCCGAGCCUUUACAACGAGAAAGACCUUUGCAGGGAGAAAAGGGAGGUCAGGUCGGCCGCUUUGACUCUGUCGUUGAUGUCGCAUUCUGAUUGUCAUCACAUGAAGAAGAACUAGGGUCACCGGCAUUCAAGGAGUAACUACGAGCAGAAGCUGCCAGUAAUGAACGCAAAAUUUUGUCUUUCAUGGUGACCGGCUUACCGGAAUUCCCCCCAUGAAGACAUCGUCAAGCAUUUAUUGUCCUGGGCCUACGACACCCGACACGCCGUUGCCAUCCUUUUACGCGCUGAUCUUAAGCUAGAGGAGCUUUGAAUGAAGGAA